AGUAAAUUUGCCUCUUCUGGGGGAAACAUCCAUUUUAUCUCUUGCGGUGUUGUUACUCUGCACGGCUUUUGCCAUAUUUUGGGCUGCAAACAGGAAAGAAUCAUACUCUUGGAUUGGCCAAGAUAUUCUUGGCAUAGGUCUAAUGAUAACCGUCCUGCAGAUGGCUCAGUUACCCAAUAUAAAGGUUGCUACGGUACUACUGUGUUCUGCAUUCAUGUACGACAUUUUUUGGGUGUUCCUAUCACCUCUAAUAUUCCACGACAGCGUUAUGAUUGCGGUUGCUAAAGGUGACAAAAGUGGGGGAGAAUCCAUCCCAAUGCUUCUAAGGGUACCUCGACUCUCAGAUCCUUGGGAUGGUUAUGAUAUGAUUGGGUUUGGAGACAUUCUGUUCCCUGGCUUGCUAGUUUCUUUUGCUUUUAGGUUUGACAAAGCGAACCAAAAGGGUCUACUGAAUGGAUACUUCCCUUGGCUAAUGGUUGGAUAUGGAGUCGGCCUCUGCUUUACUUACCUAGGGUUGUAUCUAAUGAAUGGGCAUGGUCAACCUGCCCUCCUCUACCUUGUACCCUGCACAUUGGGAACUUGUGUCGUGCUGGGUAUGAUUAGAGGUGAAAUGAGAAAACUUUGGACCUAUGGCACUC